GCAUGUUCAAAUACUUUUAUAUUUUAACUCGUUUAGAAAUAAUACGUUAGGAAAUGGAGGAUACUUGCCUCAAUCUUACAGCGAUAAGAUAUUUUCCAUAUUGGAAACGCUACUACGUUUUUCAAUUACGAAUCAAUGAAAAUUGAAAAACCAGCGCCCGCGCAGCUUAAUAAACUACUCCAGUGAGUUUCGUCGAAGACAUGUUUAUUGCGGGAGCAUAGAUUAUACACAACAGUAAGCAGUUACGCGCCAACCACCGCGUGGAGUGCAUGGACGCGCUCUAAAGAUAAAAAAAAGUUUAAGGAAAUGUCUACGAAAAAAAAUUAAUAAAAGUUAGUUAAUCUCGUGCAUCACAAAAAAAAAUGGAAUUUUUAACGCAGCUGAUAGCAACGUUAGCGGUGGUGACGCUCACGGGUUGCAGCGUGGCGCGUACGAACAAGGACGGUACAUUUGAGCUACUGAUCCUGCACAACAAUGACAUGCACGCCAAGUUCGAACAGACCUCGCAACUGAGCGGAGUGUGUACCGAAGCCGACAGGAAUGCAGGAAAAUGCUACGGAGGUUUCGCGAGGGUCGCUUACCUGGUAAAGCAGGCUCGCAAAGCAGCUCAGACAGGCGAAGGCCCUCCGGUGCUGUAUCUCAACGCUGGUGACACGUACACGGGCUCGCCCUGGUUCGCCCAGUACAAAUGGAAAAUAGCUGCAGAGUUCAUCAACGCUCUUCAACCGGAUGCUGUGUCGCUGGGUAACCAUGAAUUUGACAAUGGUGUUUCAGGCUUGACACCUUUUAUACAAAAUGUUACAUGUCCAGUACUGGCUUCAAAUCUUAUUCUGACCAACGAACCAAGUUUGGAAGUGGAAAGCAAUCUCAUGAAAUCUAUUAUAUUAGAUAUAAAUGGAACUAAAAUAGGCGUUAUUGGAUAUUUAACUCCGGAUACAAAAUUUACAGCAAUUAAAAAUAAUAUCGAGUACAUUGAAGAAAUCGAAGCGAUAAAAACAGAAAUAUCAAAUCUCAAAAAAUUUAAUGUGGAAAUCUUUAUUGGUCUAGGGCAUUCUGGUUUUGUCAAAGACCUCGAAAUCGCGAAAGAAGUAGAAGAUAUUGAUUUAAUAAUUGGAGGCCAUACAAAUACAUUUUUAUGGAACGGUCCAGCUCCUGAUAUAGAAAUUCCUGAAGGACCUUAUCCUACUAUGGUCAAACAGAAAUCAGGACGACUCGUACCAGUAGUCCAAGCAUAUUAUAACACAAAAUAUUUAGGGAAACUUAAUUUAAUUUUUGAAAACGGUGAAAUUGUUCGGUACGAAGGAAAUCCUAUUAUUCUAGACAGCACAGUACCAGAGGACGAAGAUGUUUUAAAAAUAAUACAAAAAUAUCAAGCUGAUAUGGCAAAAUUUUUAAACGUAGUUGUAGGUAGUACAACAAUAAUUUUAGAUUCGCGAAAAUGUCAGUUAAAAGAAUGUAACAUCGGAAAUUUAAUAUCCGAUGCGAUGGUUGAAAAGUACGCAUCGGAAUAUAACGGAGAUGGAUGGACAGAUGCCCCAGUAGCUAUAAUUCAAGGUGGAGGCAUAAGAGCUUCAGUUGCACAUUUAAAUUAUCCAGCUGAAAUCACUAAAGGAGAUUUACUAAUGGUGCUACCAUUCGAUGGUAACAUGAUGAGAGUUACUUUAAAUGGCACCACAAUUAAGAGUAUGCUUGAGCAUUGUGUAGCCAAUUACGAACCGAUGCGACGUCGCGGACGCUUCCUGCAAAUGUCGGGAAUGAACGUCGUCUAUGAUAUAGAAAAUCCACCUGGAAAUCGACUGAGCGAAAUUUACAUUCGAUGUAGUAACUGUGAGAUACCCAAAUACGAACCAUUGAAUAUGACUGCCGCAUACAACAUUUUGAUGUCAUCGUUUUUAUAUUAUGGAGGCGAUGGCUACGUAAUGUUUGAAGAGCUACCUAAAGUUGUUCUGAACUAUAACGAGUUACUAUGUACUACAGAAUAUUUAAUGAAACAUAGCCCUGUUUACACAGGAGAGGAAAGAAGAAUUGUUUUUAAAAAUGAGAAUCGAAUAAUACUAAACUCGUCCGCGAACUUCACUGUCUCGCUUAUCUCAUUCCUAAUGCCGUUAUUGUUAAUUAUUACAGUUUAAAAUUAACUAACAUAAAGCAUUGGAUAAUCUUCUAACUUCAUUCAAAACUAUUUCCACUUAAAAUUUAGGAACAAAUAGUAAGAUAAAAUUGUGAUAAAUACAUUUAGUUUAGUGUAUAUUUAAAAUUUAAGAUAUUGUUAAAUGUAUGUAUAAUACAAUUAAUAUUCACAAACUUGUGUCCUAAAAUAAGUUAUUUUUCAAUACAAACGAAGACAGCACAGUCUACAGUCAAUCUUAAAUUUAUGUCGUUGAGCUUAAGCGUCUCAACAUUUCUAUUGAUAGCAAUAUGGUAGUAAUCACAAUGAACAGUACUUACUGUACUUUUACGAAUGUAUGAAAUAUUCUGUGAGAUAACAUGUAUACAGGGUGUCCCAGAAAGAAUGGAUAAUCCUUAAACCCCGCACGGGACAGCUCUCCAGCGCUCAGAAAAAAAUAUCUAAAAAAAAGAAUUCCAAGUGAUACCCAAAAUAUGAUUUUUUUUAGAAAAACAUACGUUAUUUUUACUUUACUUCACAUUCAUGUGCACAACGGCCACAAAGUUAUGAAAUUUGUGGCGUUUUUGGUGUCAUCUUGUUCCUGAUAGACUAUACUACUAGAAAUACAUUAAAUAAUAUAAGUAUCUAUGAUACUUUUUUCAAAAACAAAAUAAGAACUUUAAUUUUUAACCUGAAAUUUGAUACCAAAAUAAUUUUGGCGUAGUUUGAGAGUGUUUCAUGUAAAAAAAAAGUAUGAAAACGUAAGUGGCCAGCUAUUUUAAAAAAAUGCGCAGCUCAUACAGCUUACAAAAUGGUAUCAUACAUCUUUUUAUCUAAUACAACUACGAAGUUAUUGCUAUUGAGAUGCAAAAAGAGUAAAUACGACUAAAAAUAAAAAAUAAGUCUUAAUAAAUUUUAAUAAUAAUAAAAAAAAUCGGGUGUACAUAAAUCAAGCUUUAUUCACAACAGGUGUUCAAGUUGUCUGCCACCGACUCUAAUAUACGCUCGACAUCUUCUAUUAGAGGCUCUACUAAGAUAACGUCCAUAGCGUCGUUCAUUUGGAACGGUCAAAAUGGGACCCAAACGAUCAAUCCAUUUAUUUGGAUACGUGGCAUUUAAAUAAGAAGGGACGUUUGUACCAUAAUGUGCAGGGCAGCCAUCAUUCUGUAGCCAAUGGGAUUCCCUUACCUUCUCAGGCACUUUUUCCACUAAGUUCAGGAGAUCAUUUUGCAAAAAAUUUAAAUAACUAUGAGAAGAUAAAUUUGCCGGCAGUUCGAAAGGACCAAUAAAUAUCCCGUUCAAUAUACCAGUCCAAUAAGUCUUAAUUAUUGAUCAUGCCAACACUCAAGACAUUGUUUUUGACGAAAUUCAGCAAGACCCCUCUGUAAGAACAAUAUCACGGCGUACUGGAAUCCCGAAAACGACCGUGCACCGUGUACUGAAAAUAAAUAAAUAUCAUCCUUACCAUAUUAGACGCGUCCAAGCUCUGCAACCGAGAGAUUACAAUGCAGAUUGUUUUUUUGUCGGCAAAUGCUUGCAAAAAUAGAAGAAGAUCCACAAUUCUUUGGAAAAAUUCUAUGGAGCGACGAAUCUACUUUAAAAAAAGACGGAUACUUUAAUAAUGCAUAAUCUGCACAGCUGACAACUCUCGAAUCCAAAUUUAAUGCGAGAAGAGAGGUCGCAAUACCAGUUCAAAGUAAAUUAUUGGACUGGUAUAUUAAACGGGAUAAUUAUUGGUCCUUUCGAACUGCCGGCAAAUUUAUCUUCUCAUAGUUAUUUAAAUUUUUUGCAAAAUGAUCUCCUGAACUUAGUGGAAAAAGUGCCUGAGAAGGUAAGGGAAUCCCAUUGGCUACAGAAUGAUGGCUGCCCUGCACAUUAUGGUACAAACGUCCCUUCUUAUUUAAAUGCCACGUAUCCAAAUAAAUGGAUUGAUCGUUUGGGUCCCAUUUUGACCGUUCCAAAUGAACGACGCUAUGGACGUUAUCUUAGUAGAGCCUCUAAUAGAAGAUGUCGAGCGUAUAUUAGAGUCGGUGGCAGACAACUUGAACACCUGUUGUGAAUAAAGCUUGAUUUAUGUACACCCGAUUUUUUUUUUAUUAUUAAAAUUUAUUAAGACUUAUUUUUUAUUUUUAGUCGUAUUUACUCUUUUUGCAUCUUAAUAGCAAUAACUUCGUAGUGGUAUUAGAUAAAAAUAUGUAUGAUACCAUUUUGUAAGCUAUAUGAGCUGCGCAUUUUUUUUAAAUAGCUGGCCACUUACUUUUUCAUACUUUUUUUUUACAUGAAACACUCUCAAACUACGCCAAAAUUAUUAUGGUAUCAAAUUUCAGGUUAAAAAUUAAAGUUCUUAUUUUGUUUUUGAAAAAAGUAUCAUAGAUACUUAUAUUAUUUAAUGUAUUUCUAGUAGUAUAGUCUAUCAGGAACAAGAUGACACCAAAAACGCCACAAAUUUCAUAACUUUGUGGCCGUUGUGCACAUGAAUGUGAAGUAAAGUAAAAAUAACGUAUUUUUUUCUAAAAAAAAUCAUAUUUUGGGUAUCACUUGGAAUUCUUUUUUUUAGAUAUUUUUUUCUGAGCGCUGGAGAGCUGUCCCGUGCGGGGUUUAAGGAUUAUCCAUUCUUUCUGGGACACCCUGUAUAAUGCAGCGGCCGUGGAACUUUUUUAAUUAUUACCCAAAAUAUUUUUGUGUAAGUUGAUAUUACCCCAUGGCGAAGAACAAAAAAAACGAAAUCGCUUCUUUUUAGCAUCAUUCAUAUUAAGUAUAGCCCCCAUGAUAAUUUUGAAAAGAAAACAAUACCUAAAAGUUUAAUUUAAACAUCAUUUAUUCAAUUUAUCAAUGUAAUACCUAGUAAUACAUAACGGUAAUAAUAGUAAUUUAAGUAAUAUACAGUUGAGGAAAAAAAAUCGCCUCCUCAGAAAAUAUAAGUAAAUGAUAAUUUCUUGUUAUUUUAUAAUUCAUAUGAUAUUUUUUUGUAUUACUAAACGAAAAAUCUAGUUUAAAUUUUAUAUAUAGCCCCCAUAAAAAAAACCUUUUUUAAUUUAAAUAAUUUUUUUCGGGAAGUUUCACUUCAAUAUAUACUUUUUACUCACCAAA